AGCCCCACGGGGGCGGGCCCAGCCCGGAGGGCGAGGGAAGGUGAUGAGCCUGGAGAGCCAGGGACGCCUGGUCUGGGAGGGAGGGAGGGAGGCUGAGCCCCUGAGAUUCGGGAGGCCGCGCGGCCGCGCCGGGCCUGCUUGGCCGGGUGUCCACGCGGGUCGGAGAGUCCCGUCAUGUUCACACACGCGGUAACGCGCGCCUUGCGCAAGAACAAGACCCUUCGCUACGGGGUGCCCAUGUUGUUGUUGGUUGUUGGAGGUUCUUUUGGUCUUCGUGAGUUUUCACAAAUCCGUUAUGAUGCUGUGAAGAUUAAAAUUGAUCCUGAAUUAGAAAAAAAACUGAAAAUGAAUCAAGUGUCACUGGAAUCAGAGUAUGAGGUGCCUCGCGUGCUGCUACUAAUGGCUCACACCUGCAACAAUUUCUGGAGGCUUGCCCUUAGUAGAUUGGAGCAACAUCACCAGGAGGUGUCUGGAAGUUAUGCACCACUCAUCCCUGUAACAGUCAGUAAACAGUGACUGCCUUAUGCCUGAUAUGGAGGUACAAAAGCCUCACUUGUCGCAAUGUGCCAAGACUGUGGUGUGGUAUAUGCAUUAGAGCUCCUGGAGAUUUCAGGCUGAGGCUACACCAAGCAUGUCAAACUUGCAGCCUGUGGGCCGCAUGCAGCCCACAAUGAAUAUUUUUGUGGCCUAGCCAAUAUCACGGUAUGUAAGAAACAUUUUAUUAAAAAUUUCAUAAUUUUUACAAUACCCUGUUAUACAUAAUUAUUAAUAAUGAACUACAACGUUUGCUGAUGACUGGUUACUAUAAUCGUGCUGCAUUCAUUUCCCUUACGUGCUUUAUGUGCAGGUGCACCAUUUCCACUAAUACCAGCAGCGAAUAUGUUAGCAGCUGAUUGCCACGUCAUUAGUCUUGGACUGGCUUGUUUGGUGUGCGCAACAGGAAAUAUUUCACUUUCAGAGAACAGGAAAAAUAGGUUUAUUUGCAUUAUGCUUAUUAAUUUGUGCAGUUAUUCAGUGUCUGGUAAGUUAAUGUUCAAGAAAAAAUAUUAAUUUUCAUUAAAAUGUUCUAUUAUUUUAUGUUAACGAUUACUCAUUUAUUUCAGCCCUUUGUAUUCAGCAUGUCUCUAUUGAAAUAAACUACGUUUCUAUGAAAAUUGAAGCUUUUGUUUUUUUGUGGCCCACAGAAACUUAAACCUUGUUUAUUUGGCCCGUGUUAGCCUUUGGGUUUGACAUGCUUGGGCUACACUGAGCUGAAACCACACUCUUGCUUUGCUUCUUCCCUUGGCCUCUGUGGUUUCCCCUCAUUCCCUUGCAAUUUUCUUUUUUGUAAAUAUAGUUAUGAGGGUGGACUGUAAAAGAUGCUGUUGAUAUGCUGAUUGAUCUAAAACAUGCAGCCCAUGAUUGUGUUUGGCCCAAGAUAUCUCAUGUAAUUAUGUUAUUUCUCCCUUUCAAAACUUGAUUAUAUCUUUUCUGCUUUUGUAAAGUUUAUUCUGUUUUUCCCCUAAUGUCUAAAGAUGGAAUGCUUAGUUCAUUAAUGUUGAGCCUCUUUUGUACUUACUUAGGAAUAUAAAAUUAUUCAUUUUCCUCAAAAUAAGACUUUAGCAGUAUCUCACAAGUACUGAAUUUGACUUUAUCAUUCAGCUCUAAGAAGUUUCUGACUUUCAUUAUGACAUCUUUUUAACCUACAAAUAAAAUAAAAUUUCCAAAUACA